CAGAGGCCGCUGUGGAGGAACUGAGGAGACUCCUGCUCCUGUUACUGGGCUGUGCUGUACAGUGCGAGAGGAAGGAGGAGUUCGUCGAGCAGAUCCAGCGUCUGGACCUUGACACGCAGGCAGCUCUCGCCGGCUGUAUCCAGGAGGUGACCCAGGACCCCCGCAACGUGCUGCCCCUCCAGUGGGGGGAGCUGUCUGGGCUGGGGUGCGCUGAGAUGCAGGACCUGUUCACCAGCAUGGCCCAGCACAUCCAGGGGCUGCUGGCACAGAGGGACUCGUACCUGGAGCGGAUUGCCGAGUUGUGUCAGGAGCAGGAGUCUCUCCAGGCCCAGACGGGGCUCCUGCCCCCCUCGCUGGCCAGGCUGGACGACGCCUCGCAGGGCCUCAGCGUCCAGCUGGCGGACAGCAAGGCCAAGCUGCGCCGCCUGAGGCAGGAGCUGGAAGACAAAGGCGAGCAGCUAUUGGAUUACAAGCAGGAAGUCCAGGCCAUGGAGGCGGAGCUGAAGAAGCUGCGGCAGGAGACACACACACACACACACACGGGCUCUGCGCUGAGUCUGGCCCUCUCUCAGUACCACAUGUACCUGGUGCUGGAGCUGCUGGAGGGCGGGGAGCUGCUGGAGAGGAUCAAGAGGAAGAAGCUCUUUGCUGAGGGGGAGGCCAGCCUGCUGAUGAAGAGCCUGGUGUCGGCCGUCAGCUUCAUGCACGACGUGGGGGUGGUGCACCGCGACCUCAAACCUGAGAACCUGCUGUUCGCGGACGAGGGCGAGGACGCGGCGCUCAAGGUGAUCGACUUCGGCUUCGCGCGGCUGUGCCCUGCUGGCAGCAUGCCCCUGCAGACGCCCUGCUUCACCCUGCAGUACGCCGCGCCAGAGCUGUUCCACAGCGCCGGAUACGACCAGGCCUGCGACCUCUGGAGUCUCGGCGUCAUCCUGUACACGAUGCUGUCAGGCCAGGUUCCCUUCCAGAGUGGGCAGAAGGGGAUGACGUCAUCGCACGCCGCCGACAUCAUGCGCAAGAUCAAAGAGGGAGACUUCUCAUUGGAGGGAGAGGCCUGGAGGGGCGUGUCCGAGGAAGCCAAAGACCUGGUGAGAGGCCUGCUGACGGUGGACCCCGCCAAGCGCCUCAAGAUGUCCGUCCUGCGGGAGAACGAGUGGCUGCAGAAUGGGGGUGCGCUGUCCUCCACCCCCUUGAGGACCCCUGAUGUGCUGGAGUCCUGUGGACCCACUGUGAGGACCUAUGUCAACGCUACGUACAAGGCCUUCAACAGAGGCAAGCGUGAGGGCUUCUUCCUCAAGAGCGUGGACAACGCGCCCCUGGCCAAGCGCAGGAAGAUGAAGAUGACCAGCACGGGCGUGGAGACGCGGAGGAGCUCCUCCUCUUCCUCUUCCUCCUCCUCCUCCUCUUCGUCCUCCCACCCGCGCGCCCCCCCCCCUCCUGGCAGCACCACGCCCGAGUCCUAGAGCACAGCUGUCCGAUCCACUCCGGGGGCUGCCAGCCGCGGGAGACUUCGGCUCGGCUCAUCGGGUCCCAUCUGUGCGCUGGGAGCCUGUACACACUGUACAUCCUGGAGUGGAUCCGCCUGCUGUGGUCUGGCGCGGCUCGAGCUGCCUCUGCGCCCGGGAAUCACGAAUUCAGCUUUAAGGUGGGCCGUGCUGCUGGGUCGCUGGAGUCCGUGUUGACGAGCGGCGUACUCAUUCUCCUGCAGUCAGUGCUAAGUCUUCUCAUGACGAAUGUAAAGCUCCGUUUUUUACUUGUUGUCGUUGCUGUAAUUUUACCCGUUUGUGAAUUUUUUAAGACAGGUUUUGUAACCAUGGAGACCAGGAGGUGCCCCCCUUUCGGCCCUUGGCCCCGGGGGGGGGUGUGGGGGGGCUGUGGCCCAGGGGAUUCGCUGGCAAGAAGAAGCUCUUUUCUUUUUUUCACGUCAGGAAUUUGUAAUACGAGAACUUUAAUAUAUCAUAUUGUUUUAGCCCAAUGGUAUUACUGUGCUUUUUAACCAGAAUGUUUUGGAAGUUUUAUUUAAAAAAUAAUAAAAAUAAUGAUUGUAGGUGAGCUUCAGUGGUUCCUGGGACUUGAGCCCGUGACCCCUGACCCCUGAACCCCA